AUGACUGUUGCCAACAAUGCCACAAAUGGUCAUCGAAGCACGCGGAGGCCGCUCCCCUGCGGCAUCUAUGCUCCUACAAUGACCUUCUUCGACCCUGAAACCGAGGACAUUGAUAUUCCCACUAUCAAAAAGCAUGCCCAACGACUUGUCAGGGCUGGCCUUGUGGGCCUUGUUACCAUGGGCUCGAACGGAGAAGCCAUCCAUUGCACACGGGAGGAGAAGUUAGCCGUCACACAAGCUACCAGGGAAGCUCUCGAUGAGGCUGGCUUCACUGAAACCCCCAUCAUCAUCGGAGCGACGGAGGGUAGCGUGCGUGGCACCGUUGAGCUGUGCAAGCUGGCAUCUGAGUUCGGCGCGGACUACGCGCUGCUCUUGCCGCCGUCCUACUUCCGCGCCCUGAUGGAUGAACAAGCCGUGUAUGACUACUUCGUCGCAGUGGCAGACGAAUCCCCCCUCCCACUGAUCCUGUACAACUACCCGGGCGCCGUGGCCGGCAUCGACAUGGACUCUGACCUCUUGAUCCGCCUGGCCGCCCACCCCAACAUCAUCGGAACCAAGUUCACCUGCGCCAACACCGGGAAACUGACCCGCGUUGCGCUCGCCACCAACGCCAAGACCCCUUGGUCCGAAGGCUCCGGCUACAUGGCCUUCGGUGGCAUGUGCGACUUCACCGUACAGACGCUGGCCAGUGGCGGCAGCGGCAUCAUUGCCGGUGGCGCCAACGUCAUGCCCAAGGUAUGCGUUCGCGUCUGGCAGCUGUACGUCGAGGGCCGUAAGCAGGAGGCCAUAGAGCUGCAGCGCAUCUUGUCCAAAUGCGACUGGGUUCUAACAAAGGCCGCCAUUGCGGGAACUAAAUCCGCCAUCCAAAGUUACUUUGGAUAUGGCGGGUAUCCCAGGAGACCGUUGAAGCGAUUGGAUAAGACGCAGGUGGCAGCAAUCGAGGAGGGAAUUAAAGAAGUAAUGGAGAUAGAGAAAACAUUGUAA